GCAAUAGCCGGUAGAACCAAUAGCUCCUCCAGUUGCAGCUGAUCCAAUAAAUCGACAUAGAAUGUGGACUCAACUAUUUGCAGUUCUGCUUUUGGUGGCAACACUGGCUCAAGGCAAGCCCAGUGGAAACGGAGUCGAGGCCGAGGGCGACUACGAUGCUGAGAUGAGCGAGUUCAUGGAUGGGAUUCCGGACCUCGAUGAUACGCCUGAUGGCUUUGGUCAACGAUCGGAUAUCUCGGAGGAACCGGAGUCGGAUGAAAUUUUGGCCAACCUGGAUGAUGAGUACGAGGGAGCCAAGCACUGCGCCUGGAAUACCUGUGACAAGGAUCUCAGCGAGUCGCGAGGCAUUAGCAAGUUCCUGGACCUGCCCUUCAUCAAAAAGAUAGCCAGCAACCUGAAUCCAUUCGGCAGCAAGAAGCUGCGCAUGCAGUUCUACCUCUUCAAGCGGGAGUUCCCCGAGUGUGGCAGGGAACUGGAUUUCUCCAGCGACCGCAAGUGGAGGCACUCUGGCUUUAACGCCUCCCUGCCCACCAGACUGAUGAUCCACGGCUGGAUGAGUCAGUCGCGCGGCUCCUUCAACCGGGAUGUGAAGAACGCCUAUCUCAAGAAGGGGGAGUACAACGUGAUCGUGGCCGACUGGAGCGCAAGCUCAGCCAACAUCAACUACUUCUCGGUGGUGAAUCUAAUCGAGACCUUCGGAGCUCAGUUGGCUCAGUUUACCAGGAACCUCAACCGUCAAUUCGGAGCUGAUUUCGAUAGCAUGUACCUUAUUGGGCACUCCCUGGGUGCGCAGAUUGCUGGCUCUGCGGGAAAGCGCUUGAAACCGGACCAGGUAAACACCAUUUUCGCAUUGGAUCCCGCUGGUCCGAAGUUCCGUCAUCGCAGCGCCGAGUUCCGGAUUGAUCCCACCGAUGCCAAGUUCGUGGAGUCCAUGCAUACGAGUGCCAACUUCGGCUUCCGCCGUCCCACAGGCAGCGCCACCUUCUACCCGAACUAUGGAGCUUACCAGCGCAGUUGCUACUACCUGGGCUGCUCCCACAUUCGGUCCUACCAGAUGUUCGCCGAGUCCAUCAAUUCGCCAGUGGGAUUCUGGGGCACACCUUGCACUCGGGACAACGGCAGGUGGCAGUGCGACCAGAGCCAGCGGCAGUCCAUCCCGAUGGCAGGUGAGCCGUCGGUUCACAAGGAGGGCAUUUUCUAUGUGAAGACCUCGUCCAGCGAUCCCUUCGCCCUUGGAAAGCAGUGAGCUUGGAUUUAAUCUUAAGAUUAUUUAAAACGUAGUCGUAGGCCCUCAUUGAAUGUGAUUUAACUAUGCCAAAUACAAAUAAAAAGGAUGAAA